AUGGACCAGCUGGGGGGAAAUAUUGUUCAGGACUUACUGAAAUACAACAAGGAAACAUGGUGUAGGGCAUAUUUCAAAGACCAUAGUAAGUGUGAUGUAGUUGAGAACAACAUGUGUGAGACAUUCAAUAGUUGGAUAUUGGCAGCUAGGCACAAGUCUAUCAUUACUAUGUUAGAGGAAAUUAGAAUCAAGUGUAUGGAGAGGAUGAAUAGCAUGAGAGAGUUUUCUGAAAAAUGGGUAGGUGAGAUAUCACCCAUGGCUAUGGAAAUACUUGGAGAGAAUGCUCAAAGGGCAGCCAAAUGUGAAGUCAAAUUUAAUGGUGAAACAGGGUAUGAGAUCCAGGAUGGGCCAUAUAAACAUGUUGUUGACUUUAGGGCAUAUACCUGUACUUGUAGAUCAUGGCAACUCAAAGGAAUUCCAUGUGCACAUGCAAUUACAGCAAUGCAUUACAAGAACUAUGAGGUUGAGCCAUAUGUUGACCAUUGGUAUAGAAAGGAUACCUACCUUAAGGCAUAUAGCAGAUUCAUUCAACCUUUAACUAGUAUGAAUUUGUGGCCAACAAGCACACUGCCAGCUAUGGAGCCACCUGUUAUAACUGCAAUGCCGGGAAGGCCAAAGAAAAAAAGGACAAAGGCUGCUGAUGAACCAAAGAAGAAGUUUGGGAAGGAAUUCAAUUACUAG